ACGUCAUCAGUCAGCGCCCGCUCUCUGUGCGCGCUGCGGGCCGGCCGUACGGCGAGGGCCGGGCGAGCCUCCCCGCCAUGCAGCGCUGAGCCCCGGCUUCCCCCCCCGCCAUGGCAGCCCGGCUGGUGGGGCGCUGCUGCUGGCGGCACCUCGCCGCCAUCUCCUGCGGGCCCGGCCCGGCCUCGCGGCUCCGUGCCUCGGGGCGGCCCCCGCCCCCCCCUCCCCGGGCCUCGCUUCACGCCCCGGGCCCCGCCGCCGACGGGGCGUCCGCCAAGGAACGGCUCGAGGAGGGCGGCGGGGCGGAGCACAGGGCGCUGAGGGAGCUGGUGGAGGCGGCGGCGGGGCCCCGGGAGCUGCUGGAGCUGAGCGAGGUGCCGGGGCUGAGCAGCAACCAGGCCUCGCUCGUCAUCAGCCGCCUGUCGUGGCUGGCGGCCGAGCAGAAGCUGGAGGCGCAGAGCAUCCUGCAGGACCACCGCUUCAGGCAGCUCGUCGGCGUGAUGGACUCGCAGAUCUCUCAGGUGUGGAAUAACACCCUGGUGAACGCGCUGAAGAGCCUGUACUCCCUGGGGAUGCAGAGCAGCAGCAGGGAGAUGCAGUCGGUGGAGCACGAGGUGCUGUGGCGGCUGCGGCGCCUCACCUUCCGCCAGCUCGCCUCCCUGGCCGAGUUCCUGGCCACCAGGCCGGAGAAGGAGAGCAGCAAGCUGCUGAGCGAGGUCAUCAGGAAGCUGGAGCUGCGGUGGACGGAGCUGGAGGGCACCCGCACCGUGGUGGCGCUGAUUUCCAAGGUCGGGCACAUCUCCCCGGCCCUGAUGGACCACCUGGAGGACAAGGCCCUGGAGCUGGCGGAGCAGUUCAGCCCCGAAGACAUCCGGAAGAUCACGCUGGCCCUGGCGUACCAGAACCGGCGCUGCGUGCCCCUGCUCCGCGCCCUGUCCUACCACCUGCUUCAGAAGCACGUGGAGCUCAGCCUCGGCACCCUGACGGACCUGAUUUUCGCCUAUGGAAAACUGAAUUUCCACCAGCCCCAGGUCUUCCAGAAGAUAGCCGCCGACCUGCACCCCCACGUGGCCACCAUGACGCCCGUCGAGGUGACGCGCUGCAUCAGAUCCUUCGCCCUCCUCAAGUGGCUCAGCCUGCCCCUCUUCGAGGCCAUCGCCCAGUACGCCCUGGACAACGCCAAGCAGCUCUCGGUCGCCCACCUGUGCAGCAUCAUCCUGUCUUUCGCCCGCCUCAACUUCCAGCCCAGCGGCAGCGAGGACUUCUUUAACAUGGUGCACGAGGAGCUGCGGGGCCAGCUGGGCAGCCUGGAGCCCCAGCUGCUCACCGACCUGGUGUGGUCGCUGUGCGUGCUGCAGCAAGCCAAGCCCCACUACCUGCAGCGAGUGCUGGCACCCGACUUCCACGCUCGCCUCCAAGGCGAUCCGUCCCCCAAGGCGCAGACCUUGCGGGUGAAGCUGGCGCACAUCAACGCGGCGGCCAAGCUGGAGAGCCCCGAGUACCAGGGGCCGUUCCUGCCGGCCGACGUGCUGGGUGCUGCGGGGCCGCCGGGGGACAGAGCCAGCCAGCUGCAGGGCAGCCUGCGGGAGGCCCUGGCGGGGGUGCUGGGCGGCCAGGACAAGGGACGUUUCGAUGUCCCCACCGUCUACGGCUGGCGGAUCGACGCCGAAGUGGUGGUGAACGGCGAAAACAAACCCCUCCCCGUGAAGGAUUUCGCCGCUCCCCACCUGCUCCACGCCGAAGGGACGAAGCCGCUGCCGCCGGGCGCCAGGAGGGUCGCCUUCCUCAGGUGGGAGUUCCCAAACUUCAGCAACAGGAGCAAGGACCUGCUGGGCCGCUACGCCAUGGCCCGGCGCCACAUCCAGGCGGCCGGCUUCCUCGUGGUGGACGUUCCCCACUACGAGUUCCUGGAGCUGAAGCUGGAGCGGCAGCGGGCGGCCUACCUCAGGGACAAGCUCAGCAAGGCCGUGGCCAAGGAGCUGGCGAGCUAGCGGCCGGCGUCUGCGUGUGUCUGUGUGUGCGGGGGGGGCAGCAGCGUGCCCCCCAAUAAACCCCCCCCCCCCAAAUAAACCGCACGCCUCUA